GGGGCGUGGUAGGGUGAUGUUCAACUGAGCUACAAGGAAUCCAAAACACGUACUUCUAUCUACUGCAUCGUACCUAUAUCCACCGGAGACACGUCAACCGGGCCACACCGUCUAAAACCGAACCGGACCCAACCAGCAGUCUUCAUCCGGAAGAAAAGCCCGGAAACAAUAACCGCACGGACGAAAGGUAUCGUCGGUAAUUCGGAUCUAUACUGUCGCAGUCUUCGCCAAAUCAACAUCACUAGGAGGCCUCUGUUGUGGGAUGGCUUUGAAGGCGGUGCACUGAUGUCACUGUUCUGGAUUGUGAUUCGGCAGCUAGCAGAGAUCGAAGCAAUGGCUACAUCAAAGAAAGUGAUUACCAAAGAAGAGUGGGAGAAAAAGCUUAACGAUGUAAAGAUUAUGAAAGAAGACAUGAAUAAAUUGGUGAUGAAUUUCCUCGUCACAGAAGGCUAUGUCGAUGCUGCUGAGAAAUUCCGGAUGGAAUCUGGAACUGAACCAGAUAUCGAUCUUGCAACAAUUACUGAUCGCAUGGCAGUGAAGAAGGCAGUUCAAUGUGGUAAUGUAGAGGACGCAAUUGAGAAAGUCAAUGACUUAAAUCCUGAGAUACUGGAUACCAAUCCACAGUUGUUUUUCCAUCUUCAACAGCAAAGGUUGAUAGAAUUAAUUCGGAAUGGGAAAGUAGAAGAGGCUCUAGAGUUUGCCCAGGAGGAGCUUGCACCAAGGGGAGAAGAAAAUCAAAGCUUUUUAGAAGAGCUGGAGAGGACGGUUUCUCUUCUCGCUUUUGAAGAUGUUUCCAACUGUCCUGUUGGAGAACUUCUGGACAUUUCACAGCGCCUAAAGACCGCCAGUGAGGUGAAUGCAGCCAUCCUUACUAGCCAGAGCCACGAAAAAGAUCCAAAGCUUCCAAGCUUGUUAAAGAUGCUGAUCUGGGCCCAAAACCAGCUUGAUGAGAAGGCUGCCUAUCCGCAUAUAAACGACUUGUCCACUGCCACGCUUGAAGACCCCGCCAUCUGAAAACGGGUGUGACGUCAAUUGGUGGAGGAUUUAGGUGUUUCUAGAUUGAAUGAAUGGGUCAAGUUCGGUGUAAUGAAACAUGAUGUUUGUACUUUUAUCUUAAAUCUACUGUAUCUCGUUGUCCUUUGCAUGUCAUCCACAUUGGAGUUAAUCCCUUCCUACAAGCUUUUCAGUGGCAUUUUGCUGUUGUCCACAUAGUUUUUAAUAAUUUCUAUUGUAUUCGAUGCUUACCAGCAUUGAUUUCUCUAUAUACAUAUAUAAAAUCACAUUUUUUAGAGAUUAA